CCGACGACCUCGAACGACCUCGAACGACGACACGAAUGCUCGACCUCCACACGGCAACGCUGCUCAAGCGCGGCGCCACCAUGGCGUGUAUCUUCAACGAGUGCACCAAAGAGGCCGUGCACGGCUCGACCAAGUGUACGUUCCAUAAGCGCCGAAAGCGGUGCAGCGUCCUCAACUGCAGCAACCAAGCGUACGCACGCGACCUCUGUGUCCGCCACGGCGGAAAGCGCAAGUGUGCUCACCCAACGUGCUCAACGGCAGCCCACGGAGGACCGUACUGCGUCACCCACGGCGGCGCCAGCGGUAAGCGGCUCUGCUCGAUCGAGGGUUGUCCCAAGCAAGCCCACGCCCACCGCCGGUGCGUGCGCCAUGGCGGCGGCCGCCUCUGCACCGUGGAGGGGUGUGCCCACUACGCGCGCGGUCGGGGCGUGUGCCGGAGCCACGGACACAAGCCGUUAUCGUCCUGCUCUUCGCCUCUUUCGGUGUCGAGCGGUGAUGACUCGGACAACGUGAGCAUCAAGGCGGAGCUUGAACUCGACUCGGACGUGACCGCGACGGCGGCGUUCUUGCACACGGUGGUCGACGACUCGUUCCUCAUGGACCUGCACACGAUCGCCGAAAUGUGCUGA